AUGGUGCGCUCAUCGCUGCUCGUCUCGCUCGCGGCGGCGAUGACGGCCACCACCGUCGUCGCCACCACCGCGGCGAGCAACAUUCUCCCCGGCGGCUUCAUUGUCGAGUUUGAGCCCAACAAGGACAUCAACGCCGCCGCCGCCGCCGUGGAAAAGGAGGGCAAGACGCGCAUGAAGCUCGACUUUGAGCUCUUCAAGGGCGUGUCCGUCCAGCUGCACGACCCGAAAAGGGCCGACGAAAAGGUGGCCAAGCUCGCCGCCCUGCCCGCCGUCAAGGCCGUGUACCCGUUGCGCCUGUACCCCAUGCCCAACCCGCGCGUCGAGUGGGUGGGCAAGGAUCCCGAGAAGCACUUUGCCGACGUCAAGCGCCGUGCCGCCAAUGCGGGCAACGACACGGUCGGCGACGACAGCACGUACGCGCCGCAUGUCAUGACGCAGGUCGACAAGCUGCGCAAGGAGGGCUACACAGGCAAGGGCGUGACCAUUGCCGUGAUUGACACUGGUGUCGACUACAAGCAUCCCGUCCUCGGCGGCUGCCUCGGCAGCGGCUGCCUCGUCACCAAGGGCUACGACCUCGUCGGCGACGCCUACAACGGCUACAACACGCCCGUCCCGGACCCGGACCCCAUGGACUGCGGCGGCCACGGCUCCCACGUCGCGGGCAUCAUCGCCGCGCGGCCCAACAAGCUGGGCUUCACCGGCGCCGCCCCCGACGUCUCCCUGCACGCCUACAAGGUCUUUGGCUGCACCGGCGAGGUCUCCAACGACGUGCUCAUCGCCGCCUACAACCAGGCGUACCAGGACGGCGCCAACAUCAUCACCGCCUCCAUCGGCGGCGCCAGCGGCUGGUCCGAGGACCCCUGGGCCGUCGCCGUCCAGCGCAUCGUCGAGAAGGGCGUGCCCUGCACCGUCUCGGCCGGCAACGACGGCGACCACGGCAUGUUCUACGCCAGCGGCGCCUCGGACGGCAAGGGCGUCACGUCCAUUGCCUCCUUCGACAACGCCGAGACGCCCAUCCUCCUCUCCACCGUCAAGUACUCGGUCGACGGCGGCGACGAUGUCCCCUUUGGCUAUGUCCCCGGCGAGCCCGCCGCGUGGAAGGGCGUGUCCCUGGAGGCGUACGCCACGUCCCUGGACCCCAACAUCAAGAACGACGGCUGCGAUCCCCUCCCCGACAGCACCCCUGACCUCAGCAACAAGAUUGUCCUCAUCCGCCGCGGGACCUGCUACUUUACCGACAAGGCGACCAACGCCGCCGCCAAGGGCGCCAAGUACAUCCUCAUCCUCAACAACGUCGGCGGCGCCGGCGGCAUCGACGUCCGGGAGGUCAAGAGCAUCGUCGGCAGCGGCAUGGUGCUCAAGACGAUGGGCGACACGUGGAUCGAGGCCAUCAAGGCCGGCAAGAAGGUGACCAUCAAGAUGGCCAACAGCGAGGACACGGAAGCCUUCCUCACCCUCGUCGCCAACAACGUCACCGGCGGCGCCCUCAGCACCUACACGUCCUGGGGCCCGACCUGGGAGAUGGACCUGAAGCCUCAGUUCGGCACCCCCGGCGGCAGCAUCCUGUCCACCUGGCCCACCAAGAAUGGCGGCUACGCCGUCCUCUCCGGCACCUCCAUGGCCUGCCCCCUCGCCGCCGGCAUCGUCGCCCUCAUCGGCCAGGUCCGCGGGACGUUUGACCCCGCCACCAUUGAGCAGCUGCUCUCCGGCAACGCCAACCCGCAGUUCAUCAACGACGGGAGCAUGUUCUACCCCAUCCUGGCCCCCACGGCCCAGCAGGGCGGCGGCCUCAUCCAGGCUUGGGACGCCGCGCACGCCACCAUGGUCAUCGAGCCCUCGGGCCUCGCCUACAACGACACCGACCACUUCAACAAGGAGCUCACCUUCAAGAUCCAGAACAUUGGCAAGAAGGAGGUCACCUACAAGCUGUCCAACGUCCCCGCCAUCACCAUGUACACGCUGGCCAAGGGCAAGAUUUACCCCAGCCGGUUCCCCAACGAAAUCAUCCAGGCCCCCGCCACCCUGAAGUUCAACAAGGACUCGGUGACGGUCGCUCCCGGCAGAGUGGCCACCAUCCACGUCGAGGCCACGCCUCCGUCCGGCCUCGACGCCAAGCGCCUGCCCGUCUGGGGAGGCUGGGUCGCCGUCAACGGCAGCGACGGCUCCUCGCAGUCCAUCCCCUACCAGGGUCUCUCCGGGUCUCUCCACGACGCAGACCAGCUCGGCGAGGACGACGUCUGGAUCACUAAAUCCAAUGACAAGAACUUGAACGCCGUCAACCCCAACACCACGUUCGUCAUCCCCGCCCCGGGCAACGCCAACGGGGACACGGUCCUCCCCGCUCUGGCCGUCAACCUGGCGCUCGGCUCCCUCCUCAUGCGCGCCGACAUCGUCCCCCUGACCACUUGCCCUCCCAAGAACCUCACCAAAGAGGUCUUGGGCCUCAAGACCAUCGGCCAGCCCAACGGCUUCCCCAUGCCGUGGAACACUCGCGGCGCCGGAAAGUACGCAUGGGACGGCCAGCUGGAUUCGGGCAACUAUGCGCCUCCGGGCAAGUACAAGUUUGUCGUCCGCGCGCUCAAGAUCUUUGGCGACGCGACCAAGGAGUCAGAGUACGACGUAAGCUCGUCGCCGGGCUUUUACAUCAAGUACCAGUAGG